AUUCAGCUGAUUUUGGCUCACGCAUUUUGCUACGCUGACGUUCGUAAACUGUGAUUGUUUUUUUUCAUCCCGCGACGAGAGUUUAUCAAACUUAACUUUUACAGGUGAUUUCAUAAUUAGACCGGCACCGUUCUAGUGCACCCAAGCUACAAAGUACUGGAAAUGCCAGCACCAGCGCCACGGUGAGAAUGAUUCGCAAGGAGGACAUGUUUGUAACGCCCCAGGAGCGCCAGCGAAAGCAGUUACGUUUUCGGGGUGACCUGGCGGCGCAUUAUGGCUUCAAUCGGGAUUCGGUCGGUUCCGGGUUGAACGGAACGUCUGGCACCAAUCGCAUCGAGGAAGUUUCAUCCGACGACGAUACGAAACGCGCACAAAAUGGUGAAACGGCUCCGGAACGACCAGAACGCGGUAGCCUGUACGAUUUUGUUCGUAUAGAGCUCACACGGGGGUACGUGCUGGAGCACGACGAAGAACGGUACUCGGCACGGCGCGAGAAAAUAUACUCCUUCCUGAAGAUACCGCGCGAGCUGGAAAGCUUCAUGCUGUACGGUGUGCUUCAGUGUGCCGAUUCCUUCCUGUACAUCUACACCUUUCUACCGAUACGGUACGUUCUGGCGCUGUGGGCACUCCUUACCAGACCGAUUGCACGCUGCCUCGGACUGCGGCGCCCAUCCCAACGGUUGCUGACGCCGGCCGAAAUAUGUGACCUGCUGAAGGGCACCAUUUGGAUCAUCUGCAGCUACACGCUGCUGUACGUCGACACGAACAUGCUGUACCAUCUGAUCAAGAGCCAGUCGAUUAUAAAGCUGUACAUAUUCUACAACAUGCUCGAGGUGGGCGACCGGCUGCUGUCCGCGUUCGGGCAGGACACGAUCGACGCACUGUUCUGGACGGCCACCGAACCGAAGCACAGCAAGCGGCAGCAUCUCGGCACGAUCCCCCACUUUCUGUUCGCGAUCGUGUACGUGACGAUGCACAGCGUGCUGGUAAUGUUUCAGGCAACCUCGCUGAACGUGGCCAUCAACUCGAACAACAAGGGAUUGCUGACGAUCAUGAUGUCGAACAACUUUGUCGAGCUGAAGGGCAGCGUGUUUAAGAAGUUCGACAAGAACAACCUGUUCCAGCUCAGCUGUAGCGAUGUGCGGGAACGGUUCCACCUGUCCGUGCUGAUGCUGAUCGUGCUGAUACAGACGAUGAAAGAGUUUAGCUGGAAGUCGGAACAGUUUUUCGUGAUGUUUCCGGACUGCAUGUACGUGAUGAUUACCGAGUGUCUGGUGGACUGGAUCAAGCAUGCUUUCAUCACCCGGUUCAACGAAAUACCGUGCGAUGUGUACCGGGAGUACACCACCAGUUUGGCGUACGAUAUGACGCAAACGCGACAGAAGCACGCCUUUAGCGAUCACUCCGAUCUGGUCGCACGUCGUAUGGGCUUCAUACCGUACCCGCUCGGAGUUAUCCUGGUGAAAGCUCUCUACCAUGCACUGUCGUUCGAUAACGCUGGUUCGAUUGUAAUACUGCUCGUCGCGUUCCUGGCGCUGCUUAGUGCCCGCGUGCUAAACACCAUUUGUGCCCUCGGAAAGGCGUGCGAUCUGACGCAAAAGCAUCAGGACGAGAAGCACCAGAGUGGAUGCCAUCCGCUUACCUCGACACCGCUAGCGAGUAAUGCCCGCACAGCCACCGGUGGUGUAGCUGGCCGAGCGACGAGUGACACAGCUACGUCUCCGAUCCACCGGUCACACGCAGCACAGUCAGCAAACGUGGCGCCAUCACCGACGAGCACGGCGGCCAGCACGGUUUCUCCAGCCUCCCCACAAACGACACCGAUGUCGGCGGGCAAAACUCCCGGCUCGCUCACCAGCUCCGUCAGCAGCAGUUCAACCGAUGUACUGCGGAAAACAUCCGGCCUCGGCGCAACGGCUCUAUUUUCAAACAGUGACGUUGACCUAGACGACGUUAAGCUGAACGACCAAGUGCUGAAUGGUAGCAGCACCGGCAAUGCGGACUCUACCGCUAGCCGGUCCCAGAAAGAGGAGGACGAAAAUGUUGCGCGCAGUGUGCCGGAUCUACAGCAGGAACCGGGUUUGGAGCCGAAACCCGGACGACUUCAAAACGAGCCGGUCGGAAGUGAUGGAGGGGAAGGAUCGUUGCACCACCACCACCAGCAGCAUCAUCAUUACGUGCGGACACACAAACGAUCCGAGUCGGAACCAUCGAUCCAGCUGGAAGGUGGAGGGUAAGGCUGGCGUCUGCCGUAGAAUGCGGGGAGGGAAUCCAAGCUAGAUAGCCACAAGCGCCACCUGUUUGUUGUUUGAUUUGUACGCCGUUGUAGUAACUUAUUUCGAUGCAAAAAAAAAAAAACGCUGAACUUUAGUUUUCUGUCCCGAUCGACAGUGGCGGCACCCGGUGUGUGGUGUACGGACUGGCUAGCUUCAAGGCACCAAAGGCUGACACAAUGCACAAUGAAUGUGUGUUUAGAAUUUAGAGUUUCCCUUGUUUUUCACUACAUUCGCUCCGCGCGUUCCGCUGGUUUUGUUAUGCUUUCUGUUUUUUUUUUGUUUGUUUUCCGGACUUCCGCGCAACGUACUUCUACUUAUUCUACUAUUUCCUGGAGUCCCGUUAGCUAGUAGUUAUGAAAUGUGAAAAUAAAUUAUGGAUAAAAGAAAAGGAAA